AUGUUCUCCAAAUUCAUAGCUCUGUGCGCAUUGGUGGCGGUGUCCCAGGCGGGUCUCGUACCCGUGUCGCAAUAUUCCUCGGCCGCGGCUGUGUCUUCCCAGAGCAUUGUGCGCCACGACCAGCCCAAACUCGUGGCCUCAGCUCCCGUUGCCUACCACGCCGCUCCUGUUGCCUACCAAGCCGCUCCCGUUGCCUACCAUGCUGCACCUGUAGCUAAGGUCAUUGCUCACCAAGCUGAAGAAAUUGCCUAUCCCAAGUACGAGUACACUUACUCAGUUGCUGACAGCCACACCGGCGACCAGAAAUCUCAGCAAGAAGUGCGAGACGGUGACACGGUGAAGGGCUCCUACUCUUUCCACGAAGCUGAUGGCUCCAUUAGGACCGUCGAGUAUACCGCCGAUGAUCACAAUGGCUUCAACGCAGUGGUGCACAACACCGCUCCCACCGCUUCCCCCGUCGUGGUCAAGGCCGCCGCUCCCGUGCUCUCUUACUACCACCACUAA